CAUGAAAUGAAAACAAAGAUAACGACGGUGUGACUAGUAUUUAUUAAACAGCAGCUACGCUAAUAGUGUUUUACGAAAAUUGUACCAAAAUCAUGGUUCUUUUAAAGUCAAUGGUGGUGUUUGCGGCAUGGUUAACCUUCGCAGCAGGAAGUGCCGAGUUCUCAGAUUUCAUGACUAAAUAUGGCAAAGUCUAUCGAGAUGCUACAGAACACUAUAAAAGAAUGUCAAUAUGGCAAUCAAACCUUGCUAUGAUUGAGCGUCACAAUGUCCAGGCCAGGAAGGGACAUCACUCUUACACGAUGGGCAUGAACCAGUUUGGAGAUAUGACUGAAGAGGAAGUCCGUUCAACAAUGUUUGGUUACCGACAACGACAACAAUCACGCCAACUCAGCACAAGUAAUUUCCACAGCAACCUUACGGCGCUUCCUGCGUCGGUAGAUUGGAAGGCGAAGGGAUAUGUGACAGCAGUAGGGAAUCAGGCUGAAAGUGAUGUUCCUGUCGGGCUACACAGGCACAUACCUUAAACUCCUAUAAGAGCGGCUCACACAUACUAAAACCUAUACAAAGAGAAACUGCCACACGACGCCGAAAGACAAUACCUCUUAGUAUCGACAAAUCACGUUAUUGCCAGCACGAUACAUAGAACCACAAAACAACUAACAAACAAUUAUUUAAAACUUAACAACAACAGUAGUCUUUGCAGCGGAAGAGACAGGGAACUGACGUAAAUUUUCAUACCUGGAUAUAAAAAUAAAAUUCAGAGGACAUAUGUUUCUGAUUGUGAAUUAUGUUUGUUUAUAGGCUUUAUAAUGCUACAUUAAUAUAUUAUCGAAGUUUACACCAAUACGUGAUAAAAGUUGUUAGUGUGUUUUUCAAGGAACGUUAACGUGUACAAUAUUUUCCCAAAUGGUAUGCAGGUUUGCAUAAUGCAGCCGUAGGUACCAACAUACUCGUACCUGAUUCCCUACUGCUGUCACAUAUCCCUUCGCCUUCCAAUCUACCGACGCAGGAAGUGCCGUAAGGUUGCUGUGGAAAUUACUCGUACUCAGUUGGUUUGAUUGUUGUCGGUAACCAAACAUAGUUGAACGAACUUCCUCUGCAGUCUACAAGUCAGUAUUGAAGAAAUAGUAUUUGACCUAUGACUCCGUAAAAUUACGGCCAAUGAUUAGUAAUGAAGAAGUUACUGAACGAAAAUAGAAAACAAGAUAAUCAAAUUUAAACUGUACCAUAUUCUUAAAUGUUACUUUUAUUAGCAACAACAAUACAAACUAAAACGAUACAUUUUAAUUAUGUUUUAAAGUUGAGAUACCCCGGUUGUAAGUGAAUAACACAUUAAUUAAAGCAUAUCAAUGAAACAACGGUUUUACCAUAUCUCCAAACUGGUUCAUGGCCAUCGUGUAAGAGUGAUGUCCCUUCGCGGCCUGGACAUUGUGACGCUCAAUCAUAGCAAGGUUCGAGCGCCAUAUUGACAUUCUGUUUUUCGUGCAAAAAGACAAAUGCUAUUUUAUGACAAAUACGGAGGUGUUUGAAAUGUGAGAAUUUGUAGAAAAAAAAACUUAAAAGAAAAAGAAAUACUUUUUGGUUGCAGCUACUCGUAUUAUUGAAAUAUUAUUACUUACGUUCAUUUAUUGUUCAACACAAGAUUUGGAAACGAACUGCUACAACAAAAUUAACCUGUGUAUCGAUGAUGUCUGCAAUUCAAUAGGCUAGUUUAAUGUCUUGCAAUUAUACGUUUAUGAACUCAUUUGAUGUUAUCUUCGUGUAAAUCCAUUUUACUUUGUUAUUAGUUCAACUGCAAUCAAGUUGAUCCAAAAUAUGUUUCUUGUGUGAUAUAUAAAGAAUAAAAAACGAUUUUAUACAUUA